AGUCAACACGGAGACACAGCUGAGCUACUCGACUAGUUACACUCGACACCGGCCUCGACAGAGCAAUUUGCAGUUUCCUGGGGGCACAUUGGACUGUUUGGGUCUUGAAGUCUCCCCAAAGAGACCUCCUUUGCCGCCAUGAGCGAAGGCAUGGAGACCUUCGCUGCCCGCCUGGCCAGCUUCGACAUUACCUUGAAACGAAGAACAUCGGGCGCGAAAGGGUCAAAAUACAUCACAUGGCCACAUAGCUCACCGUCUCCUGCAGAGCUGGCGCAUGCAGGUUUCUACUACAAGCCCUACGAGAGCAACCCCGACAACACAGCAUGUUUCCUGUGCCACAGAGGGCUGGAUGGAUGGGAGGAGGAUGAUAACCCACUGGCAGAACAUCUAAAGCACUCCCCAGAUUGUGGCUGGGCCGUCAUGAUGGAUAUUCAACAGCAUAGCUCCAAUCCCUCGGAGAUCGAAGAUCCAACCAGCGACCGGAUCGCAGAAGCGAGGAAGGCAACGUUCAGCCUCUCGUGGCCACAUGAGGGAAAGCGAGGAUGGAUGUGCCAGACUGAAAAGAUGGUCGAAGCGGGCUGGUAUUUCUGUCCGCAAGAAGAAAGCGACGACCUGGCUAGCUGUGCCUACUGCAAAUUAUCCCUCGAUGGCUGGGAGCCCAAAGACGACCCUUAUGAGGAGCACCACCGUCGUUCUCCCGACUGUUCCUUCUUCGUUUUCAGUCAACCGCCAGGCAAGAAAACGAAAGGAUCCAAAACCAGGAAGCCCCGUGCUUCCAAGACAUCCCGAUUAUCGACCCAGUCUACGGCUACGGCUGUCUCUGAGGCCCCAACGGUAGAUAUGGAUGAUGCAAUGGACCAGAGUAUCAUGUCACAGGCUACAACAAAAUCAACACGCGGCAAGAAGUCCACAAAAUCAAAAGCGAAAAGCAGCAAAAUCAAGAAAGAGGAAGUCGAUGAGAUUGAGGGUCAUCAGGUCGAUAUAGACAGUAAUGAUGGGCAACGUCCCGAGCCUCCGAAGCCAAAGCGAGGCAGAAAGGGAAAGAAGAGGACAAGCGAUGAUAUAAGCGAGGAUGUGCAGCAGCAACCACAUAACGAAGAAGCCGCUGAAGAGCCACCGACCAAGAAGAGAGCUACCCAGUCCCGCGAAAGCGCUGCCAAAGCUCGAGCAAGCACAAUGAGCGAGAAUGAGCGUAUGGAUACGGAUGCGGAAGAAUCGGUGACAGAACCUGGGCCAAAGAAACGUGGGCGCAAACCGGGCCGUUCAUCAGCAACUCGCAAAGUAUCUGGAGCUUCCGCCGCGUCGAAAGCUUCUCUUAGGUCACGCAUACCUGAUGACGCCCAGAUUGAUGCGGCGCUCGAAGCGGACUUGGAUGGCGACGGUUCUUUGGCAGGUAACACGGCCGUUGAGACCAUUAACGACUCGACAAUUUCUGCUCCCGAAAAGAAGUCAACUGCAUCCGUAGCGCACAUCCGAACCAGCAGAGAAUCAUUGGACCAGACAGCGGAUCGACAGGAUGACGAUGACGAACUCAACGGACCUGAGACUCAUGUGGUUGAAGCGCCAGUGAAAAGUAAAUCUCAAAAAGGAAGGCCGAAGAAGAAGAAGGCAACGGACUCCAACUCGAAAGGACAGGACGCUCACGCUCGCGUGUCUCAUACAGACUCCCACGGUCUUGCUGAUCCAGAAGAAGACUCGGUUAUAUCAGUCGGUGUUCAGUCGAGAGGACAUCAGGAGUCGGAUGCAGAGCUGGAAACCAACCCAGUGAGCAAGAAGCCGUCGAAGAAAAAGGCUGCUCCUAAGGGCAAGAAGCCCGCAAAAGCGCAAAAGCUCGUCGUAGCGGAUACCGAGUCGGUUCCGGAUGAUGUUUCGAGGUCUGACGAUGAACUGGGCCAGGACGCUCCGAGGAUGUCAAUUGGCAAAGAAACCGCAAAAGUCCAUGCACAGCGUGAUUCCAAUAGCUCUCGCCGGUCCUCCCAAGUCCCACCGAAGACAGCUGAGAGAUACAGUGAUAUUCCUCGUGAGCAACAUCACGCAGAGGCUCUUGCGAAUUCACAACAUCGCAAGAGCAAUUCAAGGCGGACGAGCUCUAGGAGUGAUGCUGAGGCUCAUGUAGCCCCAUCGUCCCUACCCGCGCCCACUCAGAAGAGCACGCCGUCGCCAUCUCCGCAGUCUUCAGAUGCUGAAAAUCGCCCUCCAUCCUCUAGGCCAUCGGCAGUCCGUCCACCCGUGAUUUCUCCUACGAAGACUGUUCGCAUACCCCUUGGGGAGACUACUCCCGCAGUCUCGCCCUCCAAACGCAAUACUAACAUCGGACGACUGAGAACUUCACAUCCAUGGAAGCCUGUUGACGUGGAUGAAAUUGUUAUUACCAGAUCGAACGACAAGGAAAACAUCGAUGUAAACGGACUCUUCGGCGAUGUUAAGGGGGAGCUCAGCACCUCAGAGAAGAAAAUGACCGUCGAGGAAUGGAUCUUGUGGAAUGCGAAGAAUGGGGAGGAGAGACUGAAGUAUGAGUGUGAGCGGCUGGUCGGCCUCUUCGAGAAAGAAGGCGGGAAAGCAAUGAGGACACUGGAGGGAAUUGAGUGCGUUGAUUAAAUCGGAGCAGGUUUAGGUCGGGGUAGGGUCACGGUCUGGGAUCACGGCGUUACCAUAGGUACAUAUCCAGGAAGGAUAGGAUAUAAUGUUCGGAUUAAUCUAAGAUGUUCUUUUCAA